AUGGCAUCAGCAUCAACGGCCGCGCAAUCGGACGAGGCGACGGAUGCGAGCGGCGCACCACGCUCCGAGCGGCACCCGCGCCUCGGCACGGCGACGCCCGGACGGGUGCUGCUCGGCUCGCUCUCGUCGGCCGUCGUCGGGCUGACGCUCGGCGCGCUCCAGGGCGGUCAGACGGCGCAGCUUCGGUUCCGGGCCGAGCACGCGCACAAGAUGCCCGACUCGACGGCGGGCUGGUACUUUUACCACAAGACCAAAAACUACCACGCCAUGCAGGGCGGCAUCCGCGAGGGCUUCCGCAUGGCGGCCAGGACGGGCUUCUGGACCUUGAUGGCCCUCUCGCUCGAGAGCACGGUCGACAGCUGCCGGGGCGCGAGCGACAUGUUCUCGACGGUCGUGGCGACGCUCAGCGUCGCGGGCGCCUUUUCCCUCUGGCAUGGCUUUUCGCUCUCGACGGCCGCUCGGACCGCUCGGGUCGGACUCCUUUUCGGCCUCGGCUACGGCGGGGUGCAAGAUCUCGUCGGCUUGGCCCGCGGUCGACCGAUAGGCUACGUCGAGCUCGUCCGACGUCGGCUCGGCGGUCAGACGACGGAGGUGGCCGGGCGACAUGACGAACCAUGA